AUGAUAGACACAGUGACCGGACCUGGAGCCUCACCUUUUGCAGUCCAGCUGAAGGCCUUGACAGACCUGGAGGGCCGCUAUCAGCCAAAACUCAGUGGUUUGAGGAUCAUUGAGAGUGCUUGCGACAAUGGACUCAGGAUGACGAGCAGACUGAGGGAGCUGGAAGUGAAGGACCUGCUCACUCUGAGUAGGUUCUUUGGUUUCAGCUCUGAGACUUUCUCCCUGGCUAUCAGCCUGCUUGACCGCUUCCUCUCUGUCAUGAAGAUUCAACCAAAGCACCUGUCCUGUGUGGGUCUCUGCUGCUUCUACAUUGCUGUGAAGUUAUCUGAAGAGAAUAAAAACAUCCCCCUUGCCAACGACCUGAUCCGUAUCAGUCAGAACCGCUUCACGGUUUCAGACAUGAUGCGCAUGGAGAAGAUCAUUAUGGAGAAACUCAACUGGAAGGUGAAGGCACCCACCGCCCUCCGCUUCCUUCGCCUCUUUUACAGCUACAUCCACGAGCAGUUUGGUGAAGAUAGUGAGAAGUUACUGAGCCUUGAAAGAUUGGAGGCUCAAUUGAAAGCUUGUCACUGCUCCUUUGUCUUCUCCAAAAUGAAGCCAUCUCUGCUUGCCAUCGCUCUCCUGUGUCUUGAGGUGGAGGACCAACAUAACCCACAGGACAGGAACCAACUCUCGGAGGCGCUGAAAAGUCUGCAGAAGCUACUAACUAUCCGUGAUAGUGAACUGGUGUGCGUUCAGGAGUUGGUGGGAAAAUGCCUGGCAGAAUACGCCACCGCCAAGUGCUCCAGGCCCAACAGCCAGAGACUUCGUUGGAGUAUUUCAGGAAGAACCGCCCGUCAGCUGAAACACAGCUACUAUAAGAUCACUCACCUUCCCACCAUACCAGAGUCGGCUUGUUAA